AUGUCAGUUGAGCAUGUAAAAGGGAUAAUUUCAAAGUUAGCGGUAAGGAGUAAAAUACCGCUGGUUAACGGCAAAAUAGACACUAGUGGUCUAAGCGAAAUCGAUGCUGAAUUUUUAAAUUUGUUUAACAAAGAGAUAUCACUUUUCAAAAGGGGAUGCAAAGAUGAAAUUAGCGCGCAAGCACUAAUUAAUAUGUGUCUAAAAUUAUUACAGAAUAGAAAUUGUAACUUAGCAUAUCAAAAACAAAUCACUAUAAAUAAAUUCAUUAAAAAAUGUGCGCCAUUACCUGAAUAUUCGAAAUAUGACAAAGAAUUAGCUCAGGUAGAUAAUAUGAGUAAUAAUUUGCAUGACAUGCAAAUUGGUAGGCCCAUAAAAAAGAUGAAUAGACAUUUCAAAAUAGAAAAGGUAGAUAAUAUAAUAGCACAAUGUGGUUGGAAGGAUAGUCUAAGAGGUGGUUAUUUGCCAUCAAAUAUGUACUUUGACAGAGAAUACAAGGCGCAGCCAAUUAAAACGAGGGAUAUCGUUUAUAUUGAGAGGUAA